CACUAUCUCCUCGUGUGCAUCCCUAUUUCAAAUGCUAAUAAGAGACUUAAUGAGUCCCCUAAAAUAAUCAAUAAUAGUUUUUUUUUUUUUUUUUUGAGAACUUAAUAAUCCAUGUACUUGGAAAAGAAACCUCAUUCGAGAAAACAAUACACGGGCAAUAGAAUUUAUUGGAUAAUAUUUUUUGAGAAAUCCAGCAUAUUUUUUUUGCUGAAGAAAAAUCAAGCAUAUUUUUUCUUUUUUUUUUUUUAAAAGAGAAAAAUAAUAUAUAUCAGGAUCAGGAAGUUGAUCGAGGAAGUUAUGAGUAUCUUAUCAGUCCAGCAUCUUAUAUUCUUAUCAGUAUCAAGAAGUUAAUCGAGAGGUAGACACCCAUAACUGAGGCUCAAACCCAAGCUCCUAUCUAUCUUUCUCACUCUCUCUCUUUACAGUUCCUCUCUUCAAAUUCAAACCCAGGUCAAUGUUGUAUGCAAUUUCUUGCCCAAAUUCUUGGUUAUCAAAUCCAAGAAGCCCUCAUAACCUUCCACUUCUUCAGAAACGUUCAGUUAAGCCAGCUAGUUUUCGCAUACGUGCUUCGUUGCCAAAUCAAUAUACUGGUGCUAAAGUGGAGUACACGCCUUGGUUAAUUGUUGGAUUGGGAAACCCAGGGAAUAAGUACUAUGGGACUAGACACAACGUUGGUUAUGAAAUGAUUGACGCCCUUGCUAAGGCACAAGGCAUUCCCAUGAAUACAAUACAGUCAAAGGCCUUGGUUGGAAUAGGUUCUAUCGGUGAGGUACCAAUUUUGUUGGUGAAGCCACAAGGGUACAUGAAUUUUAGUGGGGAAUCGGUUGGACCACUUGCUGCACACUAUCAAGUACCUCUACGCCAUAUUUUACUGGCUUAUGAUGAGAUGAGCUUACCAAAUGGUGUCCUCAGGGUUCAGCCAAAAGGAGGCCAUGGCCAUCACAAUGGAGUAAAAAGUGUAACGGGUCAUUUGGAUGGUUGCCGUGAUUUUCCUCGGUUAUGUAUAGGUAUUGGAAAUCCACCGGGAAAUAUGGACAUGAAGGCUUAUCUUCUGCAGAAGUUCAGUACUACAGAAAGACAUCAGAUUGAUGAAGCACUCAAACAAGGGGUUGAAGCUGUGAGGUCCCUGUUGCUCAAUGGAUUUAGCCAAUCCAUCACUCGAUUUAAUUUGGGGCAGAAAUACAAGUAUCACAAAGUAGAACUUUGAACCCAGGCAGAAAUUCAAGUACUAUAUCCAAAAACAAAAAAAGGAAAAGGCAUAUGAAUGACCAGGCGAUUAUGUAGAUUCUUAAGCAUCUUCAUCAGCUGAGGUAUAGUAGCUAAAUAACUAAAAAAAAAUUAGCUAAGGAAACCUAAGUUAAACAAACAUCAGCAGAGGUAAACCAAAAGGUAAAAUAGAGAAUAGUUCUGUAGCUACAUGUAGCGAAGGAAUACAUUUGAGGUAUAAUUAUUUUAAUCAUUUUAUGUCAAUCUCUCUUAUUUAUUAAA